AUUGAAAACACGUUGGUAUAUUUUGUUUUUAAUCAUCCGGUAUAACAAAUAGUUGCGCCAAAAUGUCUAUUCCAAAAAGAGAUGUAGCUGCGGAACAGCUUUCAGAAUAUAGCAAAGAUCAUGAGAAUAAUAAAGAAAAAAUAACUAACACCUGGGGUGUUCCUGUUCCUGAAAAAGAUGCCAGUCUUACAGUUGGAUACCAUGGACCUAUAUUGUUACAAGAUUAUAAUCUAAUUGAUGAACUCGCCCAUUUUACUCGAGAGAGAAUCCCUGAACGCGUGGUCCAUGCAAAAGGUGCUGGCGCUUUUGGAUUUUUUGAAGUAACGCAUGAUAUUACAAAAUAUACUGCUGCUAAGGUGUUUUCGGAAUUAGGAAAGAAGACUCCAAUAGCUGUAAGGUUUUCACAAGUAGCUGGAGAAUUGGGCUAUCCAGAUACUAUUAGAGAUAUUCGAGGAUUCGCCAUAAAAUUUUAUACCGAAGAUGGCAUAUGGGAUUUGGUUGGAAACAACUCGCCAAUAUUCUUUGUUAAAGAUUGUGCUCUAUUUCCUAGUUUUAUACAUAUUGUAAAAAGAAACCCUGUUACUCACAUGCGUCCUGAUUAUGAUGGGUUCUGGGAUAUGAUAACUUUACGACCUGAGACUACACACACUUGCUUAAUAUUCUUUUCUGAUAGAGGAAUUCCUGCUAGCUUUAGAAAAAUGCACGGAUUUGGCACCAAUACUUUUGCUUUCGUUAAUUCGCAUGGCAAAUUCUUUUACUGUAAAUUUCAUUACAUAAGUGAACAAGGUAUUGAAAAUCUUCAACCAGAUAAAGCACAAAAAUUAGCCGGAGAAGACCCCGAUUAUCAUGUCAGGGACCUUUACAACGCUAUAGAAAACGGAGACUAUCCAUCUUGGAAGUUCUACGUUCAAGUAAUGACCCCGGAGCAAGCAGAAAAAAGCUCAUACGAUCCUUUUGAUGAUACUAAAGUUUGGUUACAUUCUGAAUAUCCUUUGAUACCUGUUGGAAAAUUCACAUUAAACAAAAAUCCAACUAACUACUUUGCUGAAGUUGAGCAAAUUGGUUUUGAUCCUGCUCAUCUUAUUCCAGGAAUUGAACCUUCACCUGACAGAAUGCUCCAAGGAAGACUCUUUGCUUAUGGUGAUACUCAUCGUUACCGUUUGGGUGCAAACCAUUUGCAGCUGCCUGUAAAUGCCCCCUUUAAGGCUUCUCAUUUCUCUAGGGAUGGUCAUUCUACGCUACAUAGCCAUGGUGGAGCUCCUAAUUAUCAUCCAAACAGUUUUCAUGGACCUAGAAUCGAUAAAAGAGCCAAGGCCUUAAGUCCCGUUAUUCCUUUAAGUGGUGAAGCGAAAAGGAUCGACAAUGGCAACGAUGACAAUUUUACGCAAGCAAGGCUUUUGUACCAAAAAGUUAUGAAAGACGAUGAAAGAUCAAGAUUGAUAGACAAUAUUGUGAGUUGGCUAAAACCUACGAAAGACGAGUUGCAAGAUAGAGCUAUUGACAUGUUUUCUAAAGUGGACGAAGAUUUUGGUAGAAAAAUAAGGCACCGUUUGGGAUCUUCACCGCACAUUAAUUUGUAAUACGUUUUUGAACUUAAUUUUGUAAACCAUUUGUGGUCUUGGGAGCUCUUCAGAACCUAUUUUACUUCAAAUCAGGCCCGAGGCACUACAUAAUUUUCGGGUCCUUAAAUACAAUUUAAUAAUAAUAUUAAUUAAGUUAAUUAGUUAAUAUUGACAUCAAAUUUGUUAAUUGUUCUAAGACCUUUUUCUUCUUCUUAACGUGCCCUAUCAAGUCCUCAUGAAGUUGGCGAUUAACAUGGCGAAACUGUCUUUGUCUCGAGCUAUUCUAAAUAGUUCUUCUGCUUUCUUUAUUCCUGUCCACUCCCGGAUAUUCUUCAACCAAGAGACCUGCUACCAAUUCCUCUUUUUUUGGCAUGGGCGGUCGCCAUUCAGCCAGUCACAAUAAGUAUAUUUUAAAAUCUAAAUACAUUUCAAAAAUAUAAAACAAAACAAAAAUAAGAAAGAUAAGGAAAUACCAAUUACUCUGCGUCCUUCGAUUUUACCCAUCAUAAUAAGUUGAAGAAUAUUAUACCGGUCUCAUCUUACUACGUGUCCAAAAUAUGCCAUCUUUCUAUAUUUGAUAUUAUCAUUGAGCUUGCGGGCAGCAUUUGCUCUCUUCUCUUAAGGACUGCCACACUUGUCAGAGUAGCCGUCCAUGGUAUUUUCAGUGUACGUCUGUGCAGCCACAUUUAAAAGGCCUCCAAGCAAUUAAUGGUCGAUAUUUUUAUGUGCAUGCUUCGACAACAUACAAGAGGACUGACCAAAUGUAACAUUUAAUCAUGCGCUUUCGAAGUUUAAGUUGCAAGUUAUCAUUACAAAAGAAUGAUCUCAUUUUUAAAAAUGACGUGCGGGCUAUCUCGAUUCUACAUGCUAUCUCUUUAUAUGGAUCUAGUUGUUCAGUAAUAUGGCAACCAAGAUAUUUCAAACUGGGCACUCUUUGAAUUAUAUGACCAUCAACAUACAUAUAACUGUGAAUCUUGAUGGGCCAAACGGUUAAAUAUCAUGUAUUUUGUUUUUGAACAGUUUAUGUUUGGGCCAAACUCUCUUCCCACUGUGUCAAUGGCAUUUAAAAGGUGUAGUAAUCUAUUCAUAUCAUUACUUAAAAUAACUGUAUUGUCUUCAUAUCUGAUUGUAUUUAUCAGAAUUCCAUUAACUUUCACACCCCAUUCCAAAAUAAGGAGCGCUUCCUUAAAUAUUCAAUCUGAAUAUAAAUUGAAUAACAGUGGGGACAGUAUACAACCCUGUCUGACACCUCUUUGUAUUUUGCAUAUUUCUGUUGAUUUUCUUUUUAUGCAAGCUGUCGCUGUUUGACGCCAGUGUAAUUUUUCUAUGAUUCGUACAUUUUGACUAUCAACUCCUUAAAUCUAAAUAUUUUAAUUAAUUUGUGAUGUUGUACUCGAUCAAUGUCCUUCUCAUAGUCAAUAAAUACAGCAAAUACGUCUUUCCUUUGAUCUCGGCAUUUCUGCAAUAAUACAUUUAGUGCAAAGAGUGCGACCCGGGUUCCCAGUAAAUUUCUGAAGCCAAAUUGUAUUUCAUCCUGUUCUCCUUCACAUGUAUCUCUGAUUUUACUGUGGACGAUACGUAGAAAGAUUUUCAAAGUAUGGCUCAUGUGGUUCUAAGACCACAGUUGACAAAUUUGAAAAUUUAUCUUGUUUUAUUGCACCUGAGGCAGUGAGGUACCUGACUCGGGCCCCCAUUAAAAUGCGGGUCCGAGUCAGGUGCCUCACUGGCCUAGGGGUAAAAUAGGCCCUGGAGCUCUUAAGACUGUAUUCAUCUGUAGUGUCUUGAUGUGUCUUGAUUAAUAUCACAAACAUAAAACCUAAAAGUAUUGCCAAGGAGAUCUUUCAGAAGACAAUGUUAAACCACCAAAAAGAUAUCAUUCAUGAUAUAUUUACCAAAAUAAAUUUAGUGUUUUUGAAUUCUCAUUGUGGCAAAAGAUCUUUGCGGUAAGUACUAUUUUACUCAUAAUUAUUAUAAAUAAAAAUAUGUAAUAUUGUAGUUAAAACAAUUUUAAGUAAUAAAUUUAUUAUUAAUUUA